GAAUGAUGUCCGCUUUGUUGAACCGUCAAUGACACCAGUCAAUGUAACCCAGAAUAUACUUAGCCGGAGAUUCAUUUACAUCUGUACGCUGGUCCAUCGGAGUCCGAUGCAUCUUAACAUCCAACACCUGCAUGUCGCCAUACGCAACAACUUCAUCGCUCUGGAAGAGCAGGUGAGUGCGCAUGGCGUUCUCCUGGGGAUAUGAUGAGGAAGAAUGAUGCCAUUCUCUCUGCCUUGGUUUGAGGGGAUUCCAGGCAUGACAAUUCUAUAAGUAUCGCGUGAAUGUCGCUGUUCAGUUGAUCUUUUCUUCAUCAGACUACACAGUUCUCUGAAGCCUUCCACUCUCAGUUCAACAGCCGCUCUUCCAACUCAUUGUGCUCCUUGCCAAUUCAAUUAUUCAAGAUGAAGUUCACCGCUGCUCUUGCUACUGCCAUCCUCGCCAGCGUUGCUGCUGCUGCCCCCCAGCGUGGCCUCGACGCCCGUGUCAAGGCUCGCUCCACCAACAAGGGCUCUCGCCCCUUGGAGUCGGUUGCCCGGGCUUCCACCACCAAGAACCAGACCAACGUCGAGUAUAGCUCCAACUGGUCCGGCGCCGUUCUAGUUGAGCCUCCCUCCGCUGCCGCCACCUACACUGCGGUGACUGGUACCUUCACCGUUCCUGAGCCCACCGGCUCGGGAUUCAGCAGCCAGGCUGCCUCUGCCUGGGUUGGCAUUGAUGGCGACACCUACGGAAACGCCAUUCUCCAGACCGGUGUGGACUUCACUGUGACCGACGGCGAGGCCUCCUUUGACGCCUGGUACGAGUGGUACCCCGACUACGCCUACGACUUCAGCGGCAUCGACAUCUCUGCUGGUGAUGAGAUUGUGGCCAUUGUGGAGUCCUACACCUCGACCACCGGUAUUGCCAUCAUUGAGAACAAGAGCACCGGCCAGAAGGUGUCGAAGGAGCUGUCUUCCAGCUCCAGUCUUGGCGGCCAGAACGCCGAAUGGAUUGUUGAGGACUUCGAGGAGGACGGAUCCCUGGUCAACCUGGUUGACUUUGGCACCGUCACCUUCACCGGCGCUGUUGCCAAGGUGGCUGGCGGUAGCAGCGUUGGUCUUGACGAUGCGACCAUCAUUGAGAUUGAGGAGUCUGGCGAGGUGGUCACCGAUGUGACUAUUGACAGCGACUCUUCUGUCACUAUCUCCUACGUCUAAGCACCUAGGUUUGUCGCUGCAGUGCAGUUGCACUGGGGGGAAGUGGACAGUGAUUAGAGUGUCUGUUUGGAGGUCGUUGCCAUUGAGAUUGAGACUGAGUCUUCCUGUUGGUGAGCCAGGAGAUGCAGAUGCAAGUAUAUAGCAG